UUCAGUGCAUCAGGAUCUAUCAUGGAUCUUCUCCACAGCUGGGGGGUUGAGCUGGCCGUCCAUCUGCAGACCAAAUACAGCAAGUAUGAGAGCUUGUUUAGCCUUGCGUCCACAGUGGCCGAUCUGCACACCACUUUCUUCUGUUGGUUCCCAAUCUGGUUCCACCUGCGGAGGGACACGGGGCUCAGGCUCAUCUGGGUGGCCGUCAUCGGAGACUGGCUCAACCUGGUCCUGAAAUGGGUUCUUUUUGGGGAAAGACCGUAUUGGUGGGUUCAUGAGACCCGUUUUUAUGGAGCAGAACUGGCCCCUUCUCUGAAGCAGUUCCCCAUCACAUGUGAGACUGGACCAGGAAGUCCUUCAGGUCACGCUAUGGGUGCAGCAGGGGUCUGGUAUGUGAUGGUAACAGCAUUACUUGCUGUUGCGACGGAGAAAAAAUGUCCUCCGUUACUACACAAAUUCUUGCAAAUAAAUUUGUGGACGCUAAUGAGCCUGGUAGAGCUGGUGGUCUGCAUGUCGAGGGUCUACAUGGCUGCACACUUCCCACACCAAGUUAUUGUUGGAGUUAUCACAGGUGUAUUAGUAGCUGAGGCUGUCUCCAGGAUGAAUUGCAUCUACAGUGCCAGCAUGAAGAAAUACUUCUUCAUUACUCUCUUCUUGACCUCCUUCGCUGUGGGCUUCUACCUCCUGCUCAAGGCUCUGGGCGUUGACCUGCUGUGGACCAUGGAGAAAGCCCAGAAGUGGUGCAUCAGAGCUGAGUGGGUCCACAUGGACACAACUCCUUUUGCCAGCCUCCUGCGUAACAUGGGCACCCUGUUCGGCUUGGGCCUGGGUCUGCACUCCCCCCUCUACAACAGCAUCAAGAAGAAGAACACAAGUGCCACUUUCAAGAUGGGAUGUAUUAUAGUCUCCUUAUUGUUGCUGCAGCUGUUGGAUGGAUGGACAUUUUCCUCUGAAAACCAAAUGACUUUCUAUUGCCUGUCUUUCUUUAAAAGUGUGGUUGCUCUUUUAAUUCCCACCACCCUGGUGCCUUGGGCUCUCUGCUGGAUUUGCAAGGAAAAGAGAGAAGACAAGAACUUGUGAUUUAGGACCAACUUCUUGUUAAGGGUUGAUCAUCAGUUCAAUUUUUCUGUAUAUAUUUUAUGAUUAUUUUCUGCCACAUUUAAGACACUAUUAUUGUGUUUGCCUGGAGAUUAAUUCCAUGAAAAGUUCCUGCAAAAGUUUGACAUUUUGGAAAAUAAACGUUGCUUUCUUGGUGAGAGUUAGAUGAGAAGAUAGAUACUAUUCUUAUGCAUUAAGUAUAAAAGCUCCAGCCAACAGCUGUUUAUCUUAGCUUAGCAUAAACACUGGAAACAGCUUGGGCCAAAAUCAGCAGGCAACAAAAUAGGCCAACCAGCACCUCUAAAGCUCUCUUAUUAACAUGUUAUAUUUUGUCUGUUUAAUCUUUAAUUGUAAAAAUUACAGUUUAAGCUGUGAAGAGUUUUUCCUGUAAAACCACAAAUUCACUUCUGUUUUUGUUAAUUAGUGAGCUUUAAGGUGGUAGUCGGUUUAGUUUGUUAGCCUUGGGACAAAGCCAGGCUCAUACUUAAUACCCAAACAUGAAAGUGGUAUUGAUCUUCUCAUGAAAGUGAAGUGCGUAUUUAGCAAUAUCAAACAAUCUCUUUAAAAAGAAAUGUUACUGUUUUUUUUAACUGUUAAAACCUGUUAGAUAAAAUCACUGGUCUUAUAACCCCUCUAAAUAUCCAAUUAUGGUUGUUAAUUUUUGUCUGCGUUCAAAUAUUUGUUUAGGAUGACCUUUUUCUACCUUUCUCUACUUUGCUGAUUCAGUGUCAACAUGAGAAUGCACAUGUAAAUGAAUAUUUUUUUAUAAAAAAUGUAGGCAGCACUUCAGGGAACAAAAGUGCUUUUUCAGCUCAACGCUGAAUAAAUGAUGGAAGGAAAAUAGCUGUUUGCAGUUUGAAUAAAACAGUUUUUAUAACCAUCUUCUUUCUUUAAA